GGCGAUAGGAAACCCCCUCCCCAGUCCACCUCCGGGGGGCGCUGCUGGCGGUAGGAGCCCCUUCCCUUUGCCGGGGAGAGUUCGGCUGGAGGACCGGCGUUUCCCGUUUCUAUACCCAUAGCCUGAGCGGCAGGCCGCGGCCGGACGGGCUUCGAUGGCUGAUUCUUGCUUUGAAUCCGACCCCGACUUCUGCCCUGAGUGUGGAACCAUCCUGCCGCUACCGGGUCAUGAGCAGUUCGUGGUGUGUCGUAGGUGUGGCUUCCAGAUCAGCGUCCAUGCCUUCGAAGGGACAGAGAUCCACUCAGAGCUGGUGUUCAAUGAUCCAGAGAUCCUGUGGGCCAACCUGACUGCUGAGGACGAGGCCAGGGACGUGAACGGGCCGGUGGUGGAUCGGAAGUGCUCGCGCUGUGGACACGAUGGGAUGGAGUAUCACACACGGCAAACACGCUCGGCGGAUGAGGGACAGACAGUGUUCUACACGUGUACCAGCUGCAGGCACCAAGAGAAGGAGGACUCCUGACCGUGGAGAAGGCAGCAACUGCAACCAGACCCCGUGCUGGGGAUGGGACCCCUGGCCAGUUGGUUCACUUGUCGGAGGUCCAGUCUCUCUCUCUCUCUCGUCCUUGUUCCUCUGUUGUUGAUUUUGUAAAUAAAUGAGCCAAAUUUCUUACAAGGGAGUCGCUGAACCUGUCAGUUGCUUAGACCAUAAGACACAGGAGCUGAAUUAGGCCAUUGUAUCCGCUAAGUCUCUCUGCUGUUUGAUCAUGGCUAAUUUAUUUUUCCUCUCAACUGCACAACCUUUGACACCCAUAUUAAUCAAGAACGUAUCAACCUCUGCUUUAAAUGUGCCCAAUGAGUUGUCCUCCACGGCCAUCUGUAGCAAUGAAUUCCACAGAUUCAUCACACUCUGACUGAAGAAAUUCCUCCUUGUCUCUGUUCUAAAGGGAUGUGUCCUUGUAUUCUGAAGCUGUGCCCUCUGAUCCUAGACUCUCCUACAAAAGGAAACAUCCACUCAUUCUAGGAUUUCAAUAUCCGAUAGGUUUCAGUGAAGUUCCCCCCCCCCCCCCAUUCAUUUAUACUCCAGCGAGUACAGGCCCAGCACCAUCAACAAACAUUAACCCUUUCAUUCCCAGAGUAAUUUUCGAGAAUCUGAUCCGGACUUUCUCCAAAUGCCAGCACGUAUCUCAGAUGCUGUCUUACUUGCCCGAGUUAGAGGACCUUCAUUUUAAACAGAAAAUUAGAUGUUUAGGGCAGAAAUGAAGGUCCUCCAUGUUCAGGGCUUCCUUCAUCGUGUCAGCAGCUUCCUCCCUGCUUUCACUACAGUCAGUCAUGCAAGUCCCGGGUGGAGACUCAGGAAUAUCGUCACGCUCCAUUGUAGGAUUCUUCAAUGCUGUUUGUGUAACAGUUUUGUUUGACCGGUCAGGGUCAUUAGCCCUGAGCUGAACCCCUGAUCCUGGAGGAUCGGUGGACCACUCUUAGUCUGGCCUCUACCCUUUGACCCAUCAAGAGCCAAAGCAGAAAGCCCUGACUCCAGCCAGCUUAGCUCUCCAGGUCCCUGAGGCAUGCAAGCCUAACCCUACGACAAGGCUGGGGUCCUCUGGGAGGUUUCUCACAUUAGGGGCCCAAUACUCUGAAGUGUGGUCUGACCAAUGCCUUCUAAAGCCUCAACAUGGCAUUUUCUAUUCUAGUCCUCUCGAAAAGAACACCCGCACUGCCCUGCCCAGUUACCCUCUGAACCUGUUCAGAGUCGUAGAGCAGGAUCCCCUGAAGGUUAACUUGCGGGGCGGGUCGGUGGCAAGGAAGGCAAAUGCAAUGUAAGUUAACCUCUCGGGAAUUCUGCACCGUGACUCUCACAUCCCAGAGCUGUGCAGGUUAGUAGGUUAGUUGGGUGUAAUUGGGCAGUGCGGGCUCGUUGGGCCGGCCAGAAAGGCCUGUUACCCAGCUGCAAAUCAGAUCUGUAAGGUGUACAGACGGGUUGAAUGCAAGCAGGCUCUUUCCCACUCAGGCUGGGUGAGACUCGAACUAGAAGUCACCGAUUUAAGGUGAAAUGUUGAAGGAGAAUCUGGGGGGAGCUUCUUCACCCAGAGGGUGGUGAGAGUGUGGAACGAGCUGCAGUGGAAGUGGUGCAACAUGGAUAAAUACAAAUGGUUCGGAGAGCUGUGGUCCUGCUGCAGGUAGAUGGGCCAAAGGGCUUGUUUCUCUGCUGAAAUCUGUGAGAUUUAUAGAUGGGAUGGAUAAUAAAAAUCCCUCCCUGAUACCUGGGGCGCCCGAGAUCAGGGGAUCUAGAGAGGGGAUCCGAGGCACACUGUCAGACCUCACUGCCUGAGGCGACAGAUGGUGCAAUCUGAUAGGAAGGGAAGGUGGAGUGAGGAGGCAGAUGGGAACAAUGGUGGGUG